ACUCACCCGCUCCUGAUACUUUAUGACGGCCUGAUACGAUGAUGUUAAAAAAAUUAUUGUGACUUAGUCAACCACCAACAUUCUCGUCUCGUCUCUCGUCAACGAAAGUUAAAAAUAGAUUUAGUCAUAGUUUUUAUUUUCAAAGUUUCGUUUUCGUUACGUCUUCGUCUCGUCGUCAUGGAAAAAGGGUCGUUAACGAAUAGUUUUCGUCAACGAAAUUAACACUAACAACUUUUUGAAACUAACACUUUAGUAGCACUUAAAUGGCACUUACUUAUAGCACUUUGUAGUUUUGCUUUAUUUGAAGAAAUUGUACUUUCUUGAUUCUUGUCGUCCUUGGUAUGUACCCUCAGGUUUGAAUGCACUUAUUGUAAGUCGCUUUGGAUAAAAGCGUCAGCUAAAUGAAAUGUAAUGUAAUGUAAUGUAAUAAAUAAUUUUGGCAAUGGGUGCCCUUUUUUGGGGGGUUGAGCAUCUACCCCCCAAAAUGUCUGUGCACGUGCCUGGAACCCGUAUUAAUGUCCUGCCAGUCCAUGCCUUUAAUAAUCGUCUAUGUCAUCAGAGGCUCCUUUGAUGAAAAAUAUGACAUGUUAUCGUCUCUCUCGUUGCUGCAGCCAUUUCACAAUGGCAUAUUUUACCCCUACACCAUUGACACCCAAGGGACCCACUCAUCAGCGUGGAUCCAAUCCCACCUGAACUGCCCACUCAGCCACUACCCUGUACCCACAGCGGGGACGAUUCCUUCCAGUGGCACCUCCACUGUCCCCCCCUUCAAAUUCCGCCGUCGCGGGGAGACGGUUGACUGGCGGCAGAUCAACAGGGUGGACAUAAACCUGGUGAAAAGCCAACUCGAUAUAGACACUCUCCAGGAUCACAUCAUGGAAGUGACGUUCUGCAACCUGGAUGAGGAGCGGUGCCAGGAGUGCCGGAACCCUGUGGACCCGGGUCUCCUCAAGCUCCUGCAGCUGACGCAGCUCUCCGUGGAGUGGCUGCUCCACUGCCAGGAAGUCUUCAGCCUCAGCCAGCGUGCGGCGGAGGAGAGGCUGGAGGCGGCGCGCAAGGAGCAGAAGCAGCUGCUUGAGCAGCAGAGCCAGCAGGAAGAGAAGGUGAAGGCUCUGAAAGAAGAACUCGUGCUGAAGGGGAAGGUCGUGAGCGACCUGCAGUCCAAGCUGCUCCUCUGUAGCCACAAGUGUCAAAUUUGUAAGAAAGGCUUCUUCACGCCACAAUUCCUCAAGAGCCACAUGGAGCGCCGUCAUCCUGAAGACCACGAGAGCCAGCUGCUGUCGGAUAGUGAGAAGAAAGCCAAGAUUGAUAUUCUCAAGAUGGAGAUCAGUGGCUUGAGGGAGCUGAACGUUCAGCUGCAGCAGAACCUGGAUCUCAAAACAGCUCAGGAGAAGCGACUUGAGAGUGAGCGAGACCAUUAUAAAGCUGAGGAGAUGGCUCGCUUAGAUAGAGUCCUAGCCGACUCUGCUGACUCAAAGGAACAAAUCCUCCUAAAUCAGCUGAAGAAGCAGGAUGAAAUGUGGGAAUCCAUGCUGCAACAAAAGAAUGAACACCACGAGUCCUCAAAGAAUAAGCUGCUGGACGAGCUGAGCAGAGUUCAGUCAUCUGUGUCUGCAGAGCAGGAGCGAAGCCAGCAGCUAAAGCAGGAAAUGGAGCAGUUAAAGCAGGAAAUGGAACGGAGGCUGCAGGAGAUGCAGCUAACCAUUGAGGCUCAGAGGGAGCAGGAAAUGGAACGGAGGCUGCAGGAGAUGCAGCAAACCAUUGAGGCUCAGAGGGAGCAGAUAAUAAAUAUUUGCUCAAAAGCACCCACCAAAGAAGUGGAAGAACCAGUGGUGGUCAGCCCCCCAGCACCAGAGCCCAAACCAACGAGGGUUGUUCUUGAGGAGCCAGUCUUUGCUCUUAACCUGGAGCCUAUACAGGAGCUGUCACAAGAGGAGACAGACUUGAGCAGCGCCUCUGAGCCGGAACAGAGUCCGAGCAUGACGGCCAAUGCUCUGAAGAUGAACCCCAGCAACGAGAUGGAGAUAAGACGAGAGCUCGAGGGGUCCGUCUCAAAGAGGCUUGAGGACCUGGGGGUCAAGCCCAAUCAAAGUGGUGUGAAGAAAAGGGAUUUCACUUCCAUCAUGGCCAAAGUGACUUCAGAGCCGAACCUAGUUGCAAAGGGGAUGCCAGGAUACUGGUACCGUCGGGAGGAGAUCGCCCGCCGCUUGGACGAUAGGCUGAGCGAGACAAUGGCGACAGAAGCUCCUCCAGGCGGGCAGUCCAACACUCCCCAGCCAGAGCCGAGGGCCGAGAGCACCACCCAACCCAAGACUACGCCCAACGGCCAGGCUGCUCCGAGGACCUGCAAUCUCAUGGAAACAGGGAAGAGAAUGAUGAAGUGGAUCAGAGAAACUUUAAGAAAGAUACGCAAAUCACUGUCCUGGCCAAAGAGGUGGAGCAGAAGUUUUAAGAAAGAACAGGAAAGAGACCAGCAGGAGGCGUCAUCAUGAGAGAGAGGCGUCCUGUCAGGUAAAUUAAAAUAUCAGCAGAGCGGGGAAAAUAACACUACUUAAACUACAAGACUUUAUAAAGAAUUGACCCUGUUACACAUACAAAUAUAUCUAUAUGUAACUUUAUGUGUUUGUGCUUGGACAAUCAGUGAUACUGACAAUGUUCCCUCUUGUAUCUAAACACCAUUGCGUCUAAACGGCCACUGAGACCCGGCACGUACGCCACGGCCCGGACCCGACGGACCUACAUGCUGCCGGCCACGUCCUCCAGACUCACUCAGCCGCCGCUGUUCUACGAGGGCAGUAAGAGCCGAGAGGCCGGAGCCACGGCGUCAAAAGGGGGGCCACCACCUUCAGCAGGGACAGCUUCGUCUGAGUCCCUGAGGAAGUCCUGAGCUCACAGAGGGACCCGAAGGACUUUAAAGGAGCAGUUUGACCUUCUGGGAUUUUUCUGACUGGUUUUUUGAAGAGAGACCAGGAGACCAAACCCUCAUCAGACCACAAACAGCAGUGAUGAGAGCAGGUCUUCAGUCUGUUGGCGUUUGUUAUUGUCCCACAGAAGCUGCUUCAGCUCCUCAUGCUCAGCUACCAGCUGAUACUCACAUUCACCAAUAUAAAAAUACGUGAAUUUUCCCUGAAUGCCAAAGUUUACAUAUUUAGAAGAAGAAACUGGAUGGAUCUUUUUGAAAUCGUACAAAACGUUAAUGUUCUUUGAUUUGAUGCUUUCCCUCCAUGGCUGAGAUUUGUGAAGCUGUUGUUACUUUCUUUGUGAGCCACAUUUUCCUUGUCUCAUUAUGACUGUAAGCUUUUCUUUGUACAGUCUCUGGUGUCGUUUUGUGUUUAUAAUGAUUAAAACAAAGUUCCUUUAGAACGGG